AUGGCUCCGGGACGUGGCUCCAGGCCCGUGGAAAUGCGACAUGAAGCCACUGUAACUGCAACGGUUGGUGGUAGUACCAACAGCGUUUCAGGAAGCACUCUAGGUCAGGCCAGGUCUUGUGCUGUGCUUGCAAGGGAUGCUGCAAGGAAGUCCCGAGUUCCUCCCGGUGGAUAUUUCGAUGUUGGAAGUUUCGACGUUGCCGAGCCGCGCAGAGACUCCUUUCGUCCGGGGCCUUGGCAGAAGUACUACUACCCCCGAGGUCACUUGGGCCCGACAGCGGAGACAGGCCCUUUUUCAUCGAUAAGAGAUGACGAUGACGAUGACAACAGCGGUGGCUGA